CACUACCUCUUCAUUUCGGCCAGCGCCAUUUUGAUUUUCAUUUGCCAUCGUCCGGCUUGUGUCAUCUCUCUGCUACGUCUUUCCGAAGAGGAUAGAAUUAAACUUAUAUUUUCCAUACAUGGAUGAUUUCUAAAUCUUCGGAUGUGAUAGUCGCUGCGUUGUGAACUGUUUUUGUGUAAAAAUGUUUACGCUGCUGUAAUUUAGUGUUUGAUGGUGUUUUUUUAGCGUUUCUGUAGGUACAUUGGAGCAUCAUGAGUGUCAUCAUACGACUACAAAACCUGCCGUGGUCGGCCAAUGCGCUGGACAUUAGGAAUUUCUUUCGCGGCCUCUCCAUUCCAGAGGGGGGUGUACACAUCGUAGGAGGAGAACUGGGCGAUGCAUUCAUUGCCUUCAGUACGGAUGAAGAUGCGCGUCAGGCGAUGAUGCUGGACGGGGGGAAAAUCAAGGAGAUACAGGUGAAGUUGCUACUCAGCUCCCGCUCAGAAAUGCAUAAAGUCAUUGAAGCGGCACGGCAAACCGUCCCCAUUCUCUCCCUGACUGCAGCUCCAACGCCAGCACCUGCCGUUGUACCCACGCCUGCGCCUAUUGUUCCACCAGCAACAACUAUAACAACAGUCCAACCAAACAUCCCCAACAUACAAACCACACCUGCGCUAACGCCAUUCGCUACAGCUUUAGGAAACAACCUCUCGGGUUUCGGGAUACCCGGCAUUGGCAACCCGCAAGAAAUCCCACAACCAGCUGUUAUUGAACCCCCAGCUCCAAUGAUUAGCCCACCGAUAAUAACACCAGAAGAGCCUGAGAGGGAUGAGGAAAAGUCUGAACGUAAAAAGAGCAAGGAAAAAGAUCGACGCAGAUCUAGAUCUCGUUCACGAUCGAGGGAUAGGGACAGGAAAGACCGAAAGAGAGAUCGGCGUGAUAGAUCCCGCUCUAGAGAGAGAAGACGCCGCGAUCGUAGUCGUAGCAGAGACAGGCGCGACCGAAAACGCGACAGGAAAGAUCGCAGUCGCUCCAGGGAUCGCUCGCCGUCUCGCCGCUCGCGCGAUAGACGAGCCGAACGCAAAUCUCCACAGAAUGAAAAAUCCUUUGAUAUUCCACAACUGGACUCACCCGCAGCACCGCCACCGCCUGCUUUUGGUGUUGUCAAUCAAAAUGUACCACCUAUGCAAAUGAUGCAACCGAAUCUUAUGAUGCAACUUAGUCCAGUAGGACUAGAUUCUAAUCGGUUUAACGAUCCCGCUAUGACGGAUACUUUUAACAAACUGCAAGAGUUGGGUAAGAAACGGAAUCCAAAUGCAUUUCAAGGAAACGACCAACAGAAUGGAGGUCGUUUCAACGGUGGCCGUGGAGGCGCGACUAACGUUGGCCGCGGGGGUGUCAAUAAUUUCCGCCGCGAUGGUCGUAAUUCACGGUUUGAUAACAAUGAUACACCACGAGAGUGUUGCGUCGCUAUAAGAAACGCUCCUAAUCACACUAGCUACGGCGAUGUGCGGCGCUUUUUCCCAUUCAUGAUUGAUAAGCAUGGGAUAAAAAUGAUUAAUGAUAAUAUGGGCCGCCGUACAGGAAACAUAUUCGUGCGCUUCUGCGAUCCCCGCUCAAAACAACUCGCCUUGCAGCGUAAGAACAAUGAAUUAAAAGGAGCACAAGUUGUUGUGGAAAAUUUAGAUGAUGAAACAUAUGAAGCGGCCGUUGAUUCUUUCCUUCCCUACCGUGAAGAUAAUGACGAGAAUGAAAGCAUAACUGUACCAGAACAGCAAGAGAGUCCCGGACCUCCAUUUAAUGUACUUAAACUCACAGACUUGCCUAACUUCGUAAAAGAACAUGACAUAAUCAAAACUUUUAGCGAUUUCUCUCUCUUGUCAAUAAUGCUCAAUGAUUGUCGCAUGACGCGAAGUAAAAUCGCUUUCGUGCAAUUCGUAAAACCUGAAGACGCAAGAACUGUACUGGAGCGAAAAGAGAGAUACGUAUUCGGAAGACGUCAGCCAACAAUAACUCCCGUAAGCGAUGAGGAGUAUGACAAAGAAAAAGCAAUACAAAACGACAAAAUGAUGUCUACGGAUCCACGUCAUGGUGUGCAAAAACAAAAUGUUAAUAUUGAAAGUGAGCCUAAAAUUCAAACGCCGCCAGUGGAAAGAGAGCCUGCUGUGCCUAGAGAUCCGCGGCAACGUCGGCCGCAAUUCGACAACACAGGCCCUCCUGGUAGCAUACCACCCCAACAGCAAACUCCAGGAAUGUUCGGUACCCCAUUCGUACCACAACAACAGCAGUUCAUAGGAUCCGUCCAAGACCCGAGAUUUACUGGCUUCCCAACUAACAGCAUGGAUCCCCGUACUGCUGUGGCCAAUUGGGCUAAUAGACCAGCUUAUCCCAAUCCCAACCAACAAAUGCCUCAAAUGGCUCCAAGUAUUCCGCCACAGCGCAAUCAACUCGCCAAUGACUUCGACAAUGAACCUCUCGAUUGUGUUCUCAUGAAAGGUCUACCGCGAGAAGCUACCGAUAGAACGAUCGUGAAAUUCCUCUCUGAUACUGGUGCCGUUCCAGCUAGAAUACACUUGAUGUUGGAUGCGAAUGGCAUGCCUUCGGGAGAUUGUUUUUGUGAAUUCCGUUCCACACAGGAAGCUCGUAUGGCGGCAAGUAAGCAUGGCCAUAGUUUGGAAGGAUGUCGCAUUACGGUAGACUUAGUCACACGCAGCGUAGUUGAAGAAGCCUUGGAAGGUCCCAAGCAGCCUGAAAUACGUGAAGGUCUACUAGGACCUCCACCAUACUUCGACGCUCCUCGCGGUGGCUUUACCCCACGAGGGGGAUUUAGAGGUCGCGGAUUCGAUAGAGGAGGCUAUGACAGAGGUGGUUUCUUUCGUGGUGGUUACGACGGAAUGCGCGGAGGUGGGUACCGUGGUCGUGGUGGUUUCGACAGAGGUGUCGAUAGAGGCGGUCGAGGGUUCGACCGUGGGCGUGGACGAGGUUUCAGCAGAGGCCGAGGUGGUUUCGAGAACGGUCGCGAUCCGAGAGAGAUAAGGGAUGACGACCAAGAUCCCACACUCGAAGAUUUCGGGGCACCAGGAUGCGUUGUAUCAAUGGAAAACGUCCCGUUCAGAGCAACAGUUGAUGAGUUAAUGAGUUUCUUCUCCGAGUUCGAGUUGACGCAGGAUGACAUCAUAAGGCGGUAUAACGAGAGGGGACAACCGACUGGCGAUGCGCGGGUCGCAUUCCGAACGCCAUUCGAUGCCCAGCGUGCGGUCAAAACUCGACAUAUGGACACGAUUCAUGACCGGAGAAUUAACCUGACAAUUCUCUAGCAUUCAACUGGGUCAGGCUCUGACUCUGACGAAUAAUUCGUGUACAGUAUAACAAUAAGUUUGCUAUUAAUGUGUGAUGAAUUUAUAGACUCAUACCCUAGAGGGUAAAAAUUCCUAGUAUUAAGUACUUGAAUUUAGUGGUUUUGCACACUCGUAUUUGUAUCGUAAUUAAACUAGUUUAUUGUAACUAGACGUAAAGAAUAAUUAAAACAAGAU